UUAUUGAUUGACACUUAGAAAAGACUAUGUAGUUCUUACGUUGCUAGAUUAGAUACAUUUAUUUAUUGACUAUGAAAAUAAUUUAUUAUUAAACUGUAACAGAAUUGAGUAUUUAAUUAAGUUCUUAAUCAUAGACACUUUAGUGUUGCCUGUUUAGGCUGUUGUGAAUAGAGCGGUGUUGAUGGGAAAUGAAUUUUUCUGUGAAAGAACACAGCUGUAAAGAUGGGGAAAAGUCUUUCCAAAUCAAACAAGGAGAGAAGUGUAAGCUGACCAUUCAAGCGAAACAAGGAUCAACAAACGCCGAGUCAUCAUGGGGAGGAUCAGUCAGCGUUUAUACGGGAGCGUUCGUGAUGCUACUACACGUGAUAUUCCAUUCAUCUGUGGGUCAUCUUGCCCGACUCACUGUCGGCGUCUGUUUCGUAGUUGAAUUCUUUUUUCUUGUUUCGUUUCUCAACAAAUACCUCAGUUUUACUCUCACAGUGAACAUCUACAAGAUUCUGUUUGUGAGGAAAAUCCUUAUUACAUGUGGUUUAUUUUUACUUACAAUUAUAUCAGCUAAGCUUGUCCAAAUUACAUUAAACAUUGUGACGUUCGAUGAAUUCCUUCUUAUGAUAUUGCCAUCCUUAUACUUAGCUUCACACGUCCUCCCGCUAUGGAUAGAUAAAUCUGAAGAUUCUUAUUUACAUAAACUACCGAAUGUAAUGCUUGUUGCGUUAUUAGCUGUUUACUGGUAGUUGUAAAAUACUUUAAUAUUAUUUGAAAUUUAAAUACGAUACUUUAAUUUUAUGUGUAAUAGGCACGACCCUUUCCCUAACAUUAUAAACAUCCUUUUGUAGACUAGUCAUUCUUUCUAAUAAUAAUAAUAUUGAUAUAUCUGUUUAACAUUGUGUUUUUGAAUAACAUCUCCCUGUGAUUGCAUCCAAUGUUUUAUGUUGUUUGUGUCAACACAUCUACAUUGUUACUAAAAUAUUUGUUUAUUUAUUAAUUAUGCUUUUUUUGUAAUAGCUUAAUCUGUAAGUGAUUGAAUGAAUAGGUGAAUGAAUGUAAUUUAUUUAUCCUAAUGUGAUGGGGCAAUGACAGUUGUUAUAACACGGGUGUUCUGUUUCAUACAUAUUGUCCCCGCCCAAGAGUUCCUCUGUAUGUAACUUUGUGGGUGAUAGUUGUUUUGGAGUUUUCUUUAUUUACUUUGUUGCAAGCUGCAUCUGAAGUUUAAAAACAAACCAUUAUAUUAUUUUACUUUAUGAGAAGUUCUUUUAACUUAUAUAUUGCAGAUCUCUCUACACACAGUUUAUUAAUAUGCACAUUAAACACUUUAUAGUUAAUAUACAACAAAUUGUAAUAAUAUAUUUUGCGUUUAACUAAUAUAUGAUUUUAUAGAAGUUAUAACAUAUAUUAAGCCAUAAUGCCGUUGCAUCUUUAUCAUAAAACUAGCACCAUCUGUAUUCUGCUAAUUGUUGUGAUAAUAAUGUUUCUUUAAAUAGAUGUCUUUUUGUUGCUUUCUCAUUCUUGACUUUUUUAAUAUUUUGUCACAAGUUAGCCUGGUGGUUUAUUGAAAUAAUUUAGUUCAUUUAUCUGUUGCAAAUUGUUGUUUAUUUGGUUGGUAUGGUAAAGCAAUUAAAUUCAAAUUAAUCUUCAUUUAUUUUGAUAUCUUUGUUACUUAACAUGAAAUAAAGUUACUUAAUUUUUUUUUACAAUGUUUUUUUUUUCCGGUGUUGAUUUUGCUUAAUAAACUUGUUUCAAACACUUUCAGAGAGGUUAGAUAAAAAAUUAUACAAAUACUGACAAUGGCAAGCAUUGAAGAAGAUGAAAAGUUUACCCAGGUGAUACAUUACACUACAGGAAAGAUCUGUAAAAAGAUUGAGAAAGAAACCGAGAUAAUAUUCAGUAAAGAAAGCAUUGCAAUGAUCGCUGAUCUGGCUAGCAGGCAAUCUGUUUUAUUUGCGCACGAUCUUGAAUUGUUUGCAAAACACGCCAAAAGAAAACGAAUAACAGCCGAUGAUUUGUUCCUACUAACAAGAAAAACACCCUCUCUCUGUCGCCACCUAGCAGAACUAAAACCAGACUCUUAAAACAAUUUCUUUAACGUCACAAACUCUUGGACAAUACUGCUUAGGACCAAACUGUGCCAACACAUAUAUAUUAUAACACCACAAUGAUUAUCUUCCUUUUUCACGGAAAUAGUCAGUCAACUUUUCCAUGGCUUCCACACAAACUGAUGGAAACAUCCUCUCAGUGUAUGUUGCAACAAUCAACAGAGUAGCAGUUUGUGUAAUAAUCAUUCCAUCAUUAGACUGAAGCUGGAAACAUUAUAUAAAUAUUCCUUUAAAAUGUCAUAAAAUUCAUGCUGUUAUUAACUUUAUAGUGUAUGGAGUUGUUUGAUAUACAAAGAAUAAAGAGAAUAGCCAUUUUUUCUAGUUUGCUAAUGAAAACAAAGGUUUUCACAUUGCAUUAACUACUUCUAUUCUCUGUUUUCUUUGUAAUUCAACAUGUUCUGCCCUAUAUAUUGUAUACAAAGGCUACACCUCAGGGCUCAGUCAAUUGUUUCGUUUUUUUUAAUAAAUUUUGCUUUCCUUAAAAA